AGGAAAGCCACUACAAGUGGUCAGCAAUAAAGCUGUCACGAAGGAUUGUGCCAAACAUGUGAAGUCGACGACCCUCUUCGAUCCCGAUUCGCAUGUGUCACAAUGGUGUUUCGAAGAGGCAUGUCAGUGACACCGCCGCUGUCCGAACAAUUGCCACGUACCAACAAGUUCAAAGGUGAAUCAUUCGGAGUCCCAACGAAUACACGAACGAUCUAUGCAGGAAGCGAAGAGGACACUGUAAAAAGAGACUCACGAGUGAUUCUACUUGUCGGCCCUCAAAAUGUUGGUAAAUCGUCACUGAUCGACUUCCUUUGCAACUACUUCUAUGGAGCUGAUCUCGAAAAAACUACACGAUAUCAUAUUGCUAAUGAGAAAUUUGACUCAACUACGCCUGAAAAACAAAUAAUCACCUACGUCUUUAAUGAUACUGUAAUGGAUGUACGACCAGUGGUCAUCGACACGCCAUCGACUAGUGGAGCUCAUGCUGAAGAAAACCGAGAAAUUUUGGCAAAAUGGCUGAAAGACAACGAAAGACUGAAGAUUGACGCGAUUGGUGUGGUGUUUUCUGCAUAUCACAGAAUGACCGCCAAUGAAGAGGAGUACCUACAAAAGGCUUUGGCAGUGUUUCCGGAACAUCUACGAACAAAACAGAUUGUUUUCAUUACUGGAAGUGAUGGAUCUUCACCACCAGUGGGAAUGUUGCGAAGGUUCAAUCUCGACAGAGCCGAUGUCUACAAGGUCAACACUUCUUGCAUUUUCCAGCGGCCAGAAGAAGACCCACUGCAGGAGCAUUUACGCGGUAACUAUUGGAAAAUGAGCAUAGCAAACUUCGGAGCACUAUUCUCUCGUCUCAAAUACGGCGAUUCUCCAUCUUUUGCAACGUUCGAGUACGAACCACCGUCAGCGACGUCACCAUCGUUGCAAUCAUCUGCGUCAUCGCAGAAUUCUGUAGAAACAGUCAUUCGUCGAUUGCCAAAUGGGGAAGAAGUUCGGGAGACGAAGACCACAACCGUGGACGGUGAUAAGGUGACAACGACCACGAAAACGACGAAGUUGGUAAAGUCCGUGCACUCAAAGGAAGAUGUGAUAGUGCAUCCGCCUAGUUUGGUCACGAUGAACGGGGACAGGGGGGCGGGUAUCAAUGGAGAAGAUGAGAAGGUUGAGACCACUGAGACAAUCACUAUUUUGAACUCGUACAAGGAUGGAAAGGCUCCGAAAGGAUCUAGCACCUCUGCGAAAGGACCUUACGAUCCAUACAAGCAUAUCCAUAAGGCUGAACCAGCUCUAUCUAGAGUUGGCUUCACCACCAUCGACUCUCAUGACGGCAAGGACUCCCAUCCGUCUAGGACCUCACAGGAAAAGGCAUCUUCGCCUCUGCGUCCUGCUCAAGCACCACCAGCCCCUCCACCUUCUUCCACUUCUUCUACACCACCUUCCCGUCCGAAUGCUUCUACUCCACCACCUUCCACAGCUCCUAAAACAACAACUGUUCCGCUGCACCGUGACACAUCUGGCCUCAGCUCUAAAAUUGUCUCAACAAGCGAAAAAAUUGUCACCGAAAGUUACUCGCGAAAAAUUUCCAGCGAGAAUUUGACGGAUAGAAAAUUCCCGCCCGGUCACUACAACGACGAAGUGCCUCGAGAAUAUGCGGACGAACGGACACCGGCUACUUCACCUCGUUCAACGGGUCUUAUCGCUCAACUUGGCUCUGUGCCAGCGUCUGAUCAUGCUCAGCAAACAACACCCUCAACCUACACGCGAACACAAGACAAACCCUCUACUCUAACCAACGCUGGCAUUCGGGACAUAAAUCGAUACAGUAACGUGCCGAAUCACUUGUCAGGAAGUGAAGUGAAGCCGGCGGAAUCACCACCUGGUGCUCCAACUAUGCCCUAUACUGCUACGAGAACAAACGGACCUGCUGUCAUAGGGACCACCCUAAGAAAAUCCCGCGAGACUACCAUUGACGAUCCGUACUACCCGCCAAUCGACCCGUAUAGAGAAUCCGCAAAUCCGGCGCGCCAUUCCUGGCACGAGAUCCGCCCCAAUCAAAUUGUGGAUGUACAGAUGGUACAUGCACAACCCAAAAAAGAGACCCUAAUCGACUUUCCUUCACCGCCCGAACAUAUCGGCCUGUACCAGAAAAAUGCCACAAACGUUUCAUCUCCAUCCCAGCCUGUCCCUAGUCCACGAACGAGAUCAGUGGACCGCAUUGACACGCUCACACAAUACACUAUUCCAGGACCACUAGUACGUACUCCACAGUUCUCGACAUUCGAUCCUUCUAGACAAGGAGCAACAGAGCGAUACGGAGCCGCAGGAAGUGUCGAGGUGCGACAGCGUUCGGACUACGGUACCAACGUCAGAAGAUAUGACGAAGUGCCAUCGACAGAGCAGGGCUAUGGCACAAGGUAUGAUGUGGUGGCAGAUGACAAUACCAGACGGUAUGACGAAGUGCCGACGGAGCAGGACGAUGGCAGGAGGUACGAGACAGUGAAUGGCUAUGCGAGUGAUCAGACGGCGGCUACGGGCAGGCGCGAUCAGAAAUCGCUGGGCGCAAUCGCGGGCGAAAAUGGCGCGAUGCGAACGGAAACCGCGCAGCCGGCUUAUGCUCUUAUUCAUAAAGGAAGUAGUCGUGAUGGUCGAGACUUACAAGCGAGCUCAGAGGCAACAAUGCGAGAGCGGGAGGAUAUGCUAAGAAAAACCAGAACCGAUGUUGACCGAGCAUCCUAUCCCGGCAAAGGUCGGCCACAAUAUGGUGAAACAGUAGCAAAUGUAGAUACUCGUGGUGUUUAUCAUGAUGAAACUCUCGAGAGAAACGAAUUUAUGAUACCAGAACAGAUGCGAUCGAAUAAGUCUCCAAUCAUGGUACGUGUCCUUAUGGGCAAGAAGCAUAGUGGUAGUGAGACAAGUGGUGGUGGUGGUCAGUACAAUGCAUCUGAUUAUGGCGACGAUUGGGGUGAGGAGACGACAAUUAUUCGAAAAGUGGAUCAUACGCAACCACGUCCUCAACUGAUUGAGGAGAGGUACCGAGCUCACCAUUAUGGGAAAUACAGGGAGGGAGAGCCGGGUAAGGAGCAGCAACAACGAGCAGCACCUCCUCCGUAUGGUUCUCAAAUCUCACCGGCCCCUGUCAUUCCAAUCCCAGCUCCACCUCCAGCAGCAGCUCAGUCGACUUUAUUAAGUGGUGCCAAUUACGGAGGUGACAGCGAUGUUGAGUACGCAGGAGGUGAUACACGUUUGCUGAAGGAUGGGCAAGAACCUCGAUUUACCACGAAGAAAAAGACGUCUAAAACAACGAGCACAAGUGUUCAGCCAGGACAGACACGUUUUCUAAACUGGUCGCCUAUGAACUGCUCGAAUCCACGCGAUUGUUGCUUGAAUUGUUUGUUUUGUGUCAUAGCACCUAUGGUUGUUUUGCUCAUUAUACUCGCUAUUAUUCUCACACUUGUCCUUGGUUAACUACUCUGUGCUGCUCGAACAACACAUUUGGUUGCUGAUUGUCGUUUUUCUCAUUUGUCUUCCCCAACGACGUUUUUCUCAGGCUAAUCUCGUCCUUUACAUUUGAUUUCACGCUCUUUUAGUUGCAAGCACAAACCUUUCAUUUUUGCGCUCUGUUCGUUACCACACAAAGUGUGCCUUCUAAUCGCUUUCUAUAAUUUUUGUUUAACCUCAUUUGAAUAUCAGACAUCACUGGGCAAUCGUGUGACAGCAGCUAAUCGUCGAAUCCACCUUAUAAACACUAAUCAACAUGUCAAUCCUGGAGUUCUCGUACUGCUUCGCUGCCGAUUUCGUAGCCAUUGAUCACACUUUGCUCAGUUUGAUUUCACUUUUUAGUGAACAUGUAUUAUGUCUUGUUUGCAU